AACUAAACUCCUUUUCUCUCACGACCAAACCAGCCUGGGUCCGACAUGACGCUCUCCAAUCUAAUUGGGGUAUUCAGGAAGUUCCCCAAAGAACUUUUCCGAGUCAACAAUGGCCCUUUCGUUAAGUUGCGAGUCUGGUCACCUCAGCGACAUACCUAUGACAUCUUCAUUGAGCAAGGACUCGUCGUACCAAAGGCCCUUGACCCAUCAAGCUAUGUCACCCCCAACGGCGCAUCGAUGCGACCCAAUUCACCGUACCAACAAUCUCUGGUAUCCUGGCGGUUCCGAGGGGAUAACACCAUCGUAUAUGCAGUUCCCGAAGGAACUAGGCUUCCUGACCACCUUCUCCUAGUCCAUGAGCGGUCAGACCACUACUCCUUGCAACCUACAACGCCAAUGACUGUUGACGAUCUGAAUGCAAGAAUAACAGAGUUCUUUCGGGCUAAUGCUGAAGCAUUCACGAGGGAGCAGUGGCUCAAAGCAUACCCAAAAGCUACCGAAAGUUCCCAAAUGCAUCGACCAUGAUGCUGGGGGCUUGGUUCACAGCUUGCGAUACAGGUUAAAACGCCAGAACAGCUAUUUAUUGAAGCAAAAUUUCUUCUCUACGGAGUCUGGUAAUAUGAGACGAGUCUUGCUGCAGGCCAUCUAUGUGUUUCCUCGCCUUGCCUAUCAUCUGUAUGAGUCGGUAUUGAACGGAUAUAUAUUAAUGUGCGGCUGAGCUAGACACGGCAUGGCGAGACACGGCAGAGUAGGACAUGGCAGAGUAGGACGCGGCACAGCGAGACAACUUCCUACGGUCGGCCGGGACCUCACUAUCGGAUACGUUCCGAUAAUAGGG